AUGGCUGAAGCGGAACAGUGUAUCAUAUGUCUGGAUCCUCUACCUCGCCCCUCGGCUCCCCUUCAAGCUCCAGCUGCCCUCACUAUAGCUGCGAGUGAUGCUUCCACUGGUCCUGGUGCUGGUCCUGCUGGUGUUUCUGCCACAUCCGCAUCCGCAUCCACCUUUACUUCCGAGUCCGCGCCUAUUCCUGCCACAACCACUACAGCCACAGAAGUUCUCGAGGACGAUUCAAAUUAUUUGAAUAUUGUCGCCGAGCUUGACGGCUGUGAUCACAUUAUCCAUGAUGCAUGCAUUCGUUCAUGGGCCAAAAAGACAAAUACAUGUCCAAUUUGUCGCUGUCCAUUUCAUUCAGUUAGAGUAUACAACGGUGUAGACGGAACUGCCAUUUCGAAAUACGAUGUCCAAGAUAAAAAACAGGUCGCCGAGUUCGAUGUAAGACAGUGGCUUGGCGAAAACCCCGAAGAAGACGAAGAAGAACAAGGCAACCCGUGCCCUAUUUGCAACUCCUCAGAAAGAGAAGAUGUCCUACUUUUGUGCGACAGCUGCGAUGCUGCCUACCACACCCACUGUAUAGGGCUUGAAGCUAUUCCUGAUGGUGACUGGUAUUGCAUGGAGUGUGCCCAUCUUUUCCACAUGGUCGACGAGCCAGAAACUACCGAAGCUGGAGAGUCAUCGCCUCGGCCUUCAUACGUGCGCCGUCCGAACCCUCGUAACGUGCGCGGUUACCAUGUACGAACUCGAGAGCGACUAAGACGAGCUCGCCGUCAAGCUCGAAAUGUCGAGUGGCAAGGCGCAUGGGGGCAGUUCUCUGGUCGAUUUUACGAAAUGAGCGACCUGGAUUUGGACAAUCACGAUGAUGAGGAUGAAGACCUCGAGCAAUACAGACGGUUCCAAGAGCUUGGGCGACGCGAACUUGAACGCUGGCAGCAACGAAUGGACAUUGCUCGCCGCCUUGGCGCCCGUGAUGUCUUUGUGAACAACAUACCCCCGGCCAUCAGUGAACGGCUUCAGCCAGCGCCUGAACCAGUGCAAGAGACAGCAGAAGAAAGACAAGCUUGGAGCGCCUUUGAGCGUGCACGACAAACUGACGAGCCUACCACCAACUCUCGCAAGCGCAAAGGGCGGUCUGUAACUGCGUCACCCCGAGAGCCAGCUCAAGAACCUGAAAGGAAGCUCAAGCGUCCACGAACUCGUCGCCUGCCUACACAGAACGGCGAGGGCUCAAGUUCGGUAUCGUCUCCAGCACCUGGACCCUCAACAGCAAGGAUCAACACCAAUGGAGCAUCUUCCAGGAACGGUAUUGCCGAUCAUGGCAGUAUUGACCCUCCCUUGGUUUCGUCACUGCUGAAAGAGCUUGAACCCAGCAUCAUGUCUGACGACGAUACAUCAAUAGCAAACAAUGGAUGGCGACUUGUGCCAGAUGCCUCAUCUCCAGCUCUCUCACCGGUUAUGUCGCCAACAUCAUCCGUAUUUGGCAGCCCUCGGGCUCUUUCUCUCACCCCUCCUCCUAUGCCCAACUUCAAUGCUCGGCCAGGAUCCCCAACACUCUCGCUUAGCAGCACUAUCCAACCACGAUAUGCACCCGCAAACUAUUCACCUACUCGUACAAACCAUGAACGUACAAACCCCGAUCACAGCGAUUCCGAGAUACGCUUCCCGAGGAAUGCACCGCUUAACUUUUCGCCCACUCGUUCACGACGUGAACGCAUAGUCAAGGGUGCAUUGCGACCGCACUGGCGGUCUCGAAAACUGACAACCGAACAAUACUCGGUUAUCAACAGAGACAUCUCAAGAAAGCUUUAUGAUGAAGUCAAGGGUGCGGCAUCGCUAAGCGAUGAAGCCCGCCGACAAUGGGAGAACCGAGCGACCAAAGAGGUAACUCAGGCAGUUGCAAAAUUGUCUACUUAG